AUGGGCGGAGUGCCAUCGACGCCUCGACUCGCCGGCGGAGCGCGGCCGCACGAGACGGCGGAGUACUUGAUUGGCGAGUUUGUCGGUGAAAAAUCUUUUCCUCUCGCGUCCGAUUACUGGCAGAAGCUUCUCGAACUCCCUCUCGACCUCCGAUGGCCAUCGCACCGGGUCCGACAAGCUUGCCAACUCCUCGCCAAGAACAAUUGUAGGACGAGGCACCUUGCGAAAAUUUUGAUUCACUUAGCUUGGUGCUUGCAAGAGAGUGUUUCUGCUUCUGAUAUGGUGUCCCUUGCUUUCUCGAAAGCUGUAAAUGCUCUGUUUGUAUCAUUUGUUUUUCUGAAGUAUCUAAUUGAAACUUCUAAGAGUGACGAGUUUGAAGAACUGUACUUAUCGCUGGACGAAACUGAUUCACUGCCCAGUAAUUUUCCAAAAGAUCAAAAUGUUGAAAACCUCAUCAUGUGCAGUGUGCUCAACUUUAUCGGCAAAGUUGAUGUCAGUCCUGGGACAUAUCUUCUGCACCAAGAACUGCUUAACUUUGUACUGAUUGCCAUGUCUACUCAACUUCGUUCUGGACCCAUGCCAGGAUCAAAUGAUAGGCACCCUUUUAUUGAUGCUGCAAUGUCUCAGGAAAGCUCUUUGGUUAAUUUGGUUGUGCGCAAGUUAUUGCUCAAUUACAUCACACGUCCAGAGUUUUCUGCAAAUACCUCAUAUACCAUGAUAUUAUCUGAAAGAAAUCCACCUGGUGUUUUAAGGAGAGUUGGCUUUGCAGCUGCAAGCUUGAUGUUGUUGCCCUUCAAUUACUUAAUUAACUCCUCUGGUGAAGUUUCAAGAAGUCCGUUGUCCGAAGGCAGUCUUAAUGUUUUGCUCAUUCUUAGUUAUUAUCAUAAAUGUAAAUCAGUCGACUAUGUGAAGUGUAAAGAUGAUAACAGCAGUUCCGAGUACCUCCUGAAGGAAGAAGUAUACUUUUCUGAAAAUCCUUUCCGUAAAGCGCUGGAAAAUGCCCAGGAUAUUGAAUUUGAUAGGGAUGAUACUGAGGCAAAUGCUCGCGGUGGCCCGCUUGUUAGAUUACCUUUUGCAUCUCUUUUUGAUACCCUUGGCAUGUGCUUGGCGAAUGAAACCUCUGUCUUGUUGCUUUACUCGCUUGUGCACGGCAAUUCAAAUUUUCUGGAGUAUGUUCUGGUGCGAACUGAUCUAGAUACGCUGUUGAUGCCAAUGUUGGAGACUCUUUAUAAUGCUCAGAGCAGGACAUCUAAUCAUAUAUAUAUGGUUCUUGUCAUCUUUCUGAUAUUAAGUCAAGACUCGUCUUUCAAUUCCAGUGUUCACAAGCUGAUGCUGCCAAAUGUUCCAUGGUAUAAAGAACGUAUCCUUAGUCAAACUUCGCUCGGUUCCCUCAUGGUGAUAAUUUUAAUUAGGACAGUGAAGUACAAUCUCUCUAAGCUACGGGAUGUCUACCUCCAUACAAAUUGUCUUGCAACUUUGGCAAAUAUGGCGCCUCAUGCACAUAGGCUGAGUUCGUAUGCUUCACAACGGCUGGUCAGCCUUUUUGAUAUGCUUUCCCGCAAGUACAAUAAAUUGGCGGAGAUUAAAAACGAUAAGAUGAGCCUUCCAGAUGGUGAUCCAAGAGGAGAUAGCCUUCUGGAUGAUCUUUCAGCUGAGCUGCAUAUAUACACAGAUUUCCUGAGACUUGUGCUGGAGAUACUAAACGCAAUCCUUACUUACGCGUUGCCACAGAACCCGGAGGUUGUUUAUGCAGUUAUGCACAGACAAGAAGUGUUUGUACCUUUCAAAAACCAUCCACGUUUUAGUGAGCUGUUGGACAACAUAUAUACCGUUUUAAAUUUCUUUAAUAGCCGUAUAGACGCUCAGAAAAUGGAUGGAGAGUGGUCGGUGGAGAAAGUGCUUCAAGUGAUAAUUAGCAAUUGUCGAUUUUGGAGAGGGGAGGGCAUCAAGAUGUUUGCACAAUUACGCUUCACGUACGAACAAGAGAGCCAUCAUGAGGAAUUUUUCAUCCCAUACGUGUGGCAGUUGGUACUGUCUCGCAGCGAUUUCACUUUCGAUCCCAGUAGCAUAAAUUUAUUCCCGGUGCCUUUAGAGGAUGAAAUGAACGAGCGGGAGGUCGAGAAACUUCAAAAUGGCGACCUGACAGAAGAUGCACGACAGUUAGAGACACCUGUAUAG